CGUUGGCAUCGGUCGUGUUUGUGGAUCCCCGAUACAGAGUGCCGAUAUCACUUACUAUACCUCACUCGCACGGAAUCGAAUCGCGGCGAACGCUUAUCGCGGCAAAAGAGUAAUUUGUGAUACCUGUCCGCCGUGUAUUGGCUUGUUGGAGCGCUACGCGCUUAAGUGGUGUUAAUUUUUUAUUAAUUAUUAUCGUAUUUAUUACCCAACGAAAGUGAAGUGCGAAAUCGCUCGGCCUCAAGUGCCCGGCCAUACGUGCAAAGCCCGUAAAUAAAUUACACAGCCAUAUAGCCGUGAUCCUUCUUCCCCUUUUGCAACCCACUCAUCACUGAUAAUGCAAGCGGACUCCGCCUGAUCGAUUUGGAGUACGAGUGCGAGUGCUGCCGUACAAAUAGCACUGCUCGAAUCUCGAAUCCCGAAAUCCGAAAUUCCUCACACCCUUCCUCGUUUGUACUUUUUUGUGGCUCCGAUAAGCGACGCCCGUCAAUUGACUGAUUCCCUGCCUAGUGGGGAUUUUGUUGCUGGCUAAUUGUUUGAUCUGAUAAUAGGUGAUACGAUUGUCACCAGACAGCCUCUGAUUGUGGAUAGCUGCCACCGAAAAUGAUCCCGCUGGAAACUGUGUGAAUCCACUCCCAACCGAUUUGACCCGCCCCCCAAAAUGGACUCCUACUUCGACUCGGCCAUCGAGUACAACCGCACCAAUCCCAUCAGCUUGGCCAGGAGCAGCGAGCAGGCCCAAACCGUUCAGAACGAGAAGAACUGGGAAUGGUCGUACCUGGUGAAAAAAUGUCGCAACCUGGAGCUGGAGGAGUCGUACGACCUGUACAUGCGUCGAUUGCGAGUGGGCUACCUCUCCCUGUUCAUCUUCAUCCACGUGGCCGUCACCCUGAUCCACACACUGCUCCUACUGACGGCGCCGGAGAUCAAGUACGUGUACGUGGACAUGGUGGCCUACAUGUGCUCCGGACUGGUCAUCUGGUUGGUGCUCUCCGUGAACUUCCGCAGCGAGCUGGUGAGCAAGCACGGAUGGGUGGUCUAUGCCACAUCUUGGCUGGCGGUGUGUGUGAUGGUGCUGAUGGACAUCGGCCUGAAUGUGUACCAUGCCACCAGCCACAACGACAUCCUGAAUCCGAUCUACGAUGCGUACACGCUGUACGCCAUUUACAUGUUCAUGCCGGUGCCGUAUCUGCUGCAACCCUUUGUCCUGGGCGCAGCAGUUACCUUCUGCUACAUCGUGAACUAUAGUUUUGUGAUCACCGCCAAGGACGACAAUCAGAUGCACAGCAUCCUGAACGAGGCCAUCUACCUGAGCUGUGUCAAUCUCCUGGGCAUUUUCUUUCGCCUCAUGAGGGACAUAGCGCUGCGUACCACCUUUCUGGAUCGCAGGCAGUAUGUGGAGGAGAACCUGCUGCUGCGGUAUGCCAGGGAUCAGGAGAGGAGCCUGCUGCUGAGCAUCCUGCCCGCCCAGAUCGCAGAUCGCCUGCAGGAGGAUGUGAAGAACCGCAUCGAGCGGUCCAAGCAGCAGCACCAGCAGCAAUCGCAAGUGGAUCUGCGCAGGAGUGCGGACAGCCAGACGCUCAAGCGAUGGCGACAACCGGAUCAUGGCACCCUCUUUAUUGAACCGCACGAGGAUGUGACAGUGCUCUAUGCAGACGUGGUCAACUACACCCACUUGACAACCACUCUGGAUGUGAAGAAGCUGGUGGAGGCACUGCACGAUCUCUUCGUGCGCUUCGACAUCGCCAGCGAGGAGUACAAUGUUCUCAGGAUUAAGUUCCUGGGGGAUUGUUACUACUGCGUGGCUGGACUGGCCAAUCCAAAUCCGGAUCAUGCCAAGUGCUGUGUCGAUCUGGGACUGCGAAUGAUCAAGGACAUUCGCGAUGUGAGGGAGAAGCGACAUCUGAACAUCGACAUGCGAAUUGGUGUCCAUUCCGGCGAUGUCCUUUCGGGCGUGAUUGGAGCUGCCAAGUGGCAGUUCGACAUCUGGUCGAAGGACGUGGACAUUGCUAAUAGACUGGAGGCCACAGGAGCCACCGGACGAGUGCAUGUGAGCCAGAAGACUUUGUCCCUGCUGGAUGGCGAGUACUUCUACGAGGAUGGCACCGAAAAGGCUCGAGAGGAUCCGGUGCUGCAGAAGCACGGCAUUCGCACCUUCCUGAUCAAGACACUGCGCGCCCCCAUGCACGACCCACGUCGCAGGAUGAGGGAGCAGCAGGCCAAGAAGCUGAGCGAGGCCAGCAAGGCCAACUUCAUGCACAACUCCACGCUCCAUCAGUACAACCAGGUGCGCAACCAGGCCAAGCUGGAGAUGUGCCGCGAGCUGGACAAGAUGCCCAUUGGCCGGAUACAGCUCACCAAAGUGUUUCGGAGGAGCACUCGCCUCACCCAGGACGAGAUCGAAGAGGAGACCUUCCGGCGCAACAUUAGCUCCUGCUGCCUGUUCUUCCGCAUCCGCAACUGGGAGUUCCAGUACAUGCAGGAGCCGGACGUGAUGCUCAAGUACAGCAUCGCCCUGUCCUGGGCCAUCUACAUGGGUCUGCUGUCCAUUCAGCUGCUGAGCAAGGAUGCCCGCUAUCACUACUGGUUCAUAGACGGCACCACCAUAAUCCUGCUCACCAUGCUGCUGAUCAUCUCGUGGUACAAGAAACUCUGGAUCAUGUACAUGUCGGAUGCGGAUGUGUCUUCCCCAAACGGCAGACUCAGUGGGUUCCUCUUCCGCCUGUCAGAUGAGAUGCAGCGCAACGUGGUCAUCCGGAUCGUGAUUUACUUCCUGAUCAUUUUUUCGUACUGCGCCGUGGCCAUAAUGCAAGUGUUGGGAUGCAGCAGGGAUGACGACUAUGCGGAUCUGGAACCCAGUUACGAGGAACGAGUGCAGUGCUUUCAUCCUUGGAUCCUCACCAACUGCAUGACCCUGAUCAUUGGCAUGUCCUUCCUGUUCACACGGAUACCCUUCAUCGUCAAGUCCUGUUUCUCAGCCCUCAUAAUGUUGGCCUAUUCGGGACUGGUGGUGUUCGAGUUCAACAUCAUCUACGCCAGCAGUCCCUCCACAAAUGUCAACUUCAAUGCCAACUUUUCGCACACCCUGCUGAUGCUCAUCACUUUGGGCAUUUUCCAUCUGAUGGAGCGUCAAACGGAGUUUAUUGCCAAAGUGGAUUACAACUGGAAGCGGCAGCUGAUGAAGAAGCAGGAAGAUGCUUUAAUCACCAAUGACACAAUUAAAGUGCUACUAACCAACAUUUUGCCCACGCAUGUUGCCGACUUUUACCUGUCCAAUCAACUGCAGAACGAACUCUACUACGAGGAGUACGACAAUGUGGCCGUAAUGUUCGCCUCGAUCAAGAACUUUGACACCGACAAGAUCGGACUGCGAGUGCUGAACGAGAUUAUCUGCGACUUCGACGAUGUGCUGAACAAGUACUCGCAGUCCUUGCGGGUGGAGAAGAUCAAGGUGGCCAACUGGACGUACAUGGCGGCCUGUGGCCUGGACGUGUCCCGAUCGGAGCAGGUGAAUGCCCCCCAGAUGAAGUUCCGCAACGUGUCGCUGAUGCCGAACGGGCGGAGGAGUCGCUACGAUGGUGCCCGCACCUCGAACACGGACGGAGUGCAGCGGGUGCCGUACGGAAACGGGAGCAACAUAGCCCUGGAUCUCGACCUGGAGCGGGGUCAGUACGAGGGCAAUGUGGUCACCAGUGGGCCGCGGAUCAGUGCCACCCAGAAUGUGGGCAGUAGCAACGAGGUGGUGCGGGUGAUGGCCGAGUUUGCCUUGGAUCUGAUGCGCACCAUGCGGCGCUUCAACACGGAGAACAUGCAGACGGAGUACGAGGGCAGCACCGACUACGGGAUGCUCCGGAUCGGGAUCUCGCAUGGAAGGGCCAUGGCCGGCGUGGUGGGCAUCUCGAAGCCGCACUACGACAUCUGGGGCAAUCCCGUGAACAUGGCCUCGCGCAUGGACUCCACUGGAUUGCCUGGCCGGAUUCAGGUCACCGAGAACACCGCCUUGAAGCUGCGCGAGUUCAACAUCCAGUGCAACUACCGGGGCAUGACCUUCGUCAAGGGGCGUGGCAACAUACCCACCUACAUCAUCGGCACCGACAGCGAUUACCAGUUCCUGCCACAUCGUCCACCUGCGUUAAAAAAAGAAGACUAGCUGAAUUUACCACAGAUUAGACCUAAGACAUUCGUGUAUAUACAUACCAUAGACUUAAAUGGUCGCCUUUUUUAGGUGGAUCUAAGGUAAUAUUUAAUUUAAAUCAAUGUUGGAACACAGAAAGGGGUUGCAUUAAUAAAAUUACUAUUAAAUGUGC